UUACACAGUCGACUGUGAACUGGCAGCCCGAGUUGACGUAACGAAGACCGACCGAGCGAAAAAACGAAGACAAGCGCAGCCUACGCGAAUCGCGCGCGAUAAUAAACGCACCACGCUUAGUGAGACAAAUAGAGAGAGAAAGAGAGUGCAAAAACAGUUAGUGAUAAAGAUAGCAAGCGAGCUUAAGCCUGCGCAUCAGGCUCAAAACACCCAAAAGAAGAGAAUUUUUGUAUUGUUUUUUUAUUGUUUGUUGUUUUGUUGAAAGUGCAAGUGGAAGUAAAAGUAAAAGUGAAACAUGCAACUGCAACUGCGCGCCGUUUUGUGUGUGCUCACGUUGGGCGCCAUUGUGGCCACGAAGAUAUCCUCGUCCGAGGAUCCUUGCGACAAAUACGGCAAAGCCAAGUACUGCAUCCCCGAUUUUGUGAACGCCGCCUUCGAUGCCCCCGUUGUGGCAAGCAGCACCUGUGGCGCGCAACAACGCUACUGCGAGUAUCCUGCCACCACCGCAACUGCAACCGCAACCGCAACAGGAGGGAGUGAACUGCAGUGCCACAGCUGCGAGUCACAGCAAUUCUCGCCACGCUUCCUCACCGAUCUGAACAACUCGAAUAACGUGACCUGCUGGCGAUCUGCCCCAGUUGGUGGCGCCUCCGCGGGCAACGACAACGUCACGCUCACCCUUUCGCUGGGCAAGAAGUACGAGCUAACCUACGUCAUACUCCAGUUCUGCCCGAAUGCCCCGCGUCCCGACUCCCUCGUCAUCUACAAGAGCUCCGACUACGGACAGAGUUGGCAACCCUUUCAGUACUACAGCUCGCAGUGUCGCCGCCUCUUUGGGCGGCCGAGUCGCACCACGGUGACGAAGCACAACGAGCAGGAGCCGCGUUGCACCAACGCCCAUGGGCAUGGCCAUGAUGCCGCCAACGGAGGACUUGCCUCACGUAUUGCCUUCAGCGUUCUCGACGGUCGCCCCUCGGCCAAGGACUUUGAUUCAUCACCCGUGUUGCAGGAUUGGGUGACAGCCACCGAUAUACGCAUCGUCUUCCAUCGGCUGCAGCAACCAGAUCCGCAGCUGCUUUCGCUCGAUGCUCCCAUGGAUCUACGCAGUGGCAAGUACAGCGUGCAACUUGCGGCGAAUACCAUCGAAGGACAUGGCGCCACAUCGGUGGCAACAGCAGCAGCGGCGAGUGGCUUGCACUAUGCCGUCUCCGACUUCUCGGUGGGCGGACGCUGCAAGUGCAACGGCCACGCCUCCAAGUGCUCCUCGGACGCCAACGGGCAGCUGAGCUGCGAGUGUCGCCACAACACCGCGGGACGCGACUGCGAGCGUUGCAAACCCUUCUACUUUGAUCGACCCUGGGGACGAGCCACGGCCCGUGAUGCCAACGAGUGCAAACAAUGCAAUUGCAAUAAUCAUGCACGUCAGUGUCGCUUCAACAUGGAGAUCUUUAGACUGACACAGGGCGGCUCUGGCGGCGUUUGUCAGAACUGUCGACACUCGACCAUGGGACGCAACUGUGAUCAGUGCAAAGAAGGCUUCUAUCGGGAUCCCACCAAGGCGCUAACGCAUCGCAAGGUGUGCAAAGCCUGCGACUGCCAUCCGAUCGGCUCAUCUGGCAAAAUCUGCAACAACACAAGCGGUCAAUGUCCAUGCAAGGACGGCGUCACCGGAUUGACCUGCAAUCGCUGCGCCCGCGGCUACCAACAAAGUCGCUCCCACAUUGCGCCCUGCAUCAAGCAACCGCCGCGCAUGAUCAACAUGCUGGAUACGCAGAAUACGGCGCCGGAGCCAAGUGAGUCCAAUGGAGCUGUCGGAGGCGUGGACAGAGAUCGAGGCGCCUCAUCGGCGGCCGCCCAAUCGCAGUAUUAUCGCACCGAGGGCGGCAGGGAAUGCGAAAAAUGCAAAAUAAGCACCAAAAGGUUAAACCUCAACAAAUUCUGCAAAAGAGAUUACGCAAUAAUGGCCAAAGUGAUUGGCAGAGAUACGAGCAGCGAGGCAGCCAGCAACGAGCGUCGACACGCCAUGGAUCCGGACGCGGACUACGAAAUGGAUCAGCAGCCGGACAGGGCAGGACAAGUGCGAUCUGGGAGCAGCGGAAUGAGCGGGAGCAGCGCGUCCGAUUAUCAAAGCAGCGACAGCGAAACGGCGCGCUUCGAUCUCCAAAUUCAGGCGGUCUUCAAGCGCAGCAGAGCCAGCAGCGUCUAUGGAAUGCCGAAUACAAUGCUCAAACGGGGUCCUAUGACCUGGAUCAUACCGAUUAAGAAUUUGGAAUGUCGCUGUCCCAGGAUUAAAGUCAACAGAUCGUAUUUGAUUCUGGGGCGAGAUUCGGAAGCGCCGCCUGGUUACUUGGGAAUUGGACCGCGUUCGAUAGUUAUCGAGUGGAAGGACGAUUGGUAUCGACGCAUGAAGCGCUUUCAACGCAGAGCACGCACUUGUGCGUAGACAUGCCGUCCUGCUCACACACACACACACACACACACACACACACAUAGCGGCCAUCUCUGUCUCUGCUUUGAUGUCAAUUUAAUUAUCGUACAUUAAAAUAUACUAUUAUUUUUUUUUUUGUAAUUGCUUAACGUAUUUUGUAGUCUCUAGAGCUUAAGUUAAGAACCAAAAUCAAAUCAAAUCAAAGCAUAACAACACACACUAUAAAUAGCGUUUAGUUUUUAUUUGACUAACAGCUGCAUUUAAUACGACGAUUUUAUUUUCGCUUAGCACUCGUAAGGUAUUUAAUUUAUUUAAUUAACGCGUAUCUUUAAUUGUUAUUUCGACUAUCAGUGGAACGAAAGUAUCAAUAUGAUUUGUAUUAUUUUUGUACAAUAAGAAGUCCAGUCUGCAUACAUAAAUAUUCUAUUCUAUCUAUUAUUAACUGUAUUACAAGCAAUGAACAAUAACUACACACAAGAGCAGCAAUUAGCGCAUUAAGCAUCAAUAAUUAUACUACUUAAAUACGAAAUACCUAUGCAAGCAACUUCAAUCCAAAUUGGCACUUGAAUGUGUAAACAACGCAAUCUUGAAUAAUGCUUACACGUAACGCAUGCAACUGAAAUAAAUAGAUAUUGUACAGUGAAA